GUACGGAGCUAUACCACUUAAACACUAACACUUGGAAUUCAAUUAGGAAAGAAAUAUGAACACCGCAAGCAAAGUGCUACUUUUACUUUACGUAUUCAAAUUGUCCAGAGCAGAAGAAUGUGACGUCAGGAUAUGGUAUCUGGAAAUGACGAAAAAUGGAGUAUUUGAUGGGGAACUAAGUGCCGAGCAACUGUUCCUACAGAAAACCAUUAAUGAAAUGGUUUUAAGUAGCAAAAAGGAUUCAUCAAAGAGAAAAGUCAAUUGUGAUGUUCUGGAAAUGUACGAGGAAAUGCUAAAACCCGAUGAAGAAGAGGACUCAAGUGACAAACAGGAUGGCAAUGAAGGAGAGAACGAGUCAAAAUCAAGCAAAGAAGAACAAUCGAAAGAAGAUACUGCAUUACUUGUAGAUAAGGUUAAUGACAACGAAACGAAGACUAUUUCAGAUGUUAGUGAAGAGACUGCGGAUCAGUUAGUUAGUGAAGGAACAGAGUUACACAGUUCAAAAGAGGCUGAUGAAACAGAUACAACUGAGAAAGUUUCGGAUGUUAAUGAAGAGGCCGAUGAAACAGAUACAACCGAGAAAGUUUCGGAUGUUAAUGAAGAGGCCGAUGAAACAGAUACAACCGAGAAAGUUUCGGAUGUUAAUGAAGAGGCCGAUGAAACAGAUACAACUGAGAAAGUUUCAGAUGUUAAUGAGGAGGCUGAUGAAACAGAUACAACCGAGGCCGAUCAAAUGGAAGCGGAUGAAACAGAACUAUUUUCUGAUGAUUCAAAUGAUGACGAAGAGGAAAAGGUGGAAAUAGAAAAAAUCGAUACCAUUGAGGAAGAGAUUGUUUCAGAUUUCUCAUCCAAUAGUUUAGAUAAAUUAGAAGACGAAGAAACAAUAGUAUCAUCGAUUGAUCUAUUAGAAGAAACAAUUUCGAUUGAUGAUGACAGACCCGUGGAAAAUGCCCCAAGAGUCUUUAGUCAAUGACAAUAACAACAAUGAAAAAAAUAAGGAUGAAAAGCAG